UCCCAGUUUGAUGUAAUGCUGGUUUCAUCUCUUUUCCAGGUGCUGUUGUACCUGCAGAGAAGACACACCUCCUUCUCCUCCCAGCCUGACCAAUCACUGAUUGGCUCCUCCCUGUAUGGGCGGUUUGGCUCCGCCCUCGCUGUGCUGGGUGACCUGGACAUGGAUGGUUACCAUGAUGUUGCCGUCGGAGCUCCCUGGUCAGGUGACGGUGGGCAGGGCCAGGUGUUUAUCUACCUUGGCAACAGUAACGGUCUGUCAGCCACGCCCUCCCAGGUGAUCGACAGCCAGUCGCCCAGCAGCAGGACGGCUUUUGGGUUUUCUCUGAGGGGCGGAACGGAUGUGGACGGGAAUGGAUACCCAGACCUGCUGGUUGGAGCGUGGGCUGCAGACCGAGCCUUUGUUUACAGAUCCCGGGCCGUGAUCCGCUCCACAGUUUCCGUCUCUCUGCUGCCGGACUUCCUGAAUCCAGACGUCAAACUGUGCCAGAAAGGAAACUCACUUGUGUCCUGUUUCGUCGUCCAGACGUGCGUCUACGUGUCCGGACACAGAAUCCCAGAGGAAACAGCUCUGGGGGUGGAGCUACAGCUGGACAGGAUGAAACAGCCAAUGGCAAGACGGACUCUGCUGCUGUCGACCAAUCAGCCGCAGGAGACAAUAAAGCUGAUGGUUCAGAGGGAGGUGGGCAUGGCCUGCGUCAAUCGGACCGCCUACCUGAGGUCUGAAGAGGACGUUCGGGAUAAGUUGAGUCCGAUCUUCAUCACUGUGAACAUCAGCCUCCUCAACACUACCCAGAAUGCUCUGCUACACGGACAGACAUACGCUGCUGCACAGACCAGGAUAAUCCUGAACUGUGGAGAUGAUAAUGUCUGUGUUCCUGACCUGAAGCUGAACGCCAAACCUGUGUCAGACAGGGUGUGGGUCGGUGAGGAUCAGUCGGUGUUAUUGUCGGUGUCGGCACAGAACGAUGGUGAGGGAGCGUACGAAACUGAGCUGGUGGUCCAAAUCCCCGAACACACACAUUUCCAGAGCAGUCAGGGUGAGAACAGACUGGUGUGUGUUCAGAGGAAACAGAAUCAGACCGUCUUCGUGACCUGUGACCUCGGAAACCCCAUGAGACAAGGACACACUCUGCAGACACGUCUUCUGUUCAGUGUGGGCUGUCUGGAGGAGGUGGAGCAUCACAUCACCUUCAACCUCAGGAUCAGGAGUAAGAACUCAGUGAAUCCCAACAGUAACGAGGUCACAGUGGAGGUUCGGGUCGUUGCUGAGGCGUCACUGGAGAUCAGAGGGUAAAACAAACACGACAUCUGAAGUCACUUCAUGUUGAUGUUGAUUAAUGUCACUGUUGUUCAGAUUUUCAGUC